CUUCGAGAUGGGUAUCAGCGCCGGUCAGUCCAAAAGAGCAGUGUUAGAUUGGAGAAGGGAGCAGACGAAAACAAAGCACCUCUUAGCUGACGUUCUCGGAGUAACAACUCAAAUCGAAAGAAACUUGGUAAGAUAGAAAAAAGGAAAGCGUAAAACACGGAAGAUACCUCGUGCGCAGUAAAACCGUCACUAUGCAGCAGUCAUUCGAAUCUGCUGAGGGAGUUCCCAGGGCGCAGCUAGACAGCGAGUCUGUUGUCUUGGGGGCUACCGCGGGCGCUUUCCACGGCAGUGAGGAGCACGAAAGAAUAAGGAUUUUCGGGGAUACGACAGAUGAACUUGGAUCGGAAAUUGGAAGUGGCACAGAAUUUGACGGCUCUAAAGCUAGCGGAGUAAGUGUGGUGCAGCUCAAGUCGUUGUUUGAACCCAACAAAAGCGAGAGCUGCCACAGACGUUCCCAUCAAAUUUCACUUGGCAAGCAGAUGCCUAAAGAAAGGCGGAGGGCAAGGGACGUCGGCCAGUCAGGUCUUACAAAAGACAGGAGAUCGAACCGCAAAUCAUCUGAAAUUUGCAAUGGGAUCGCCCUUAUGACAGACCAAGUAAUUUCCGCUGGCUCGGAAUCUACACUGAACUCUAAGGAGGAACCGGGUGAUACGAGAUUACGCCGUGUCCCGCAGGUGACAAUAACCCCCGAAGGGGGUGGGUGUCCCCGGGAGAUGCAAGAGGAGGACUGGAACGACGUGACUGGUCCUCUUCGCCGAAAGUUGUCAAACUCCUCGCUUUCUUCAACAGGUUCCUCCACAGUGUUGGAGGAAUCCGAAGACGACGUUCUUAGUGACAACGAGAACAAAAGUAAAGGGAUAAUUACUCUAGAACACGCGGAGGACACAGGCACAGUGCGGCCCUGGUGGAAGCUCAAGACCUUCGUCAACUGGCCCUUUGUCCCCUCACAGCGCAGGCGCCUCUCCUGGGUCCAGCUCGCUGGACACAAAGGGAGCUUCAAGGCCGGUGAAGAGGGCACGAUCCUGAAAAAGCUGUCAGAGAACGAGAAGCUCUGCUUUGAGCGUUUGAGGGGCGAUGCACUGCAGCCCUUUGUUCCGGGGUACCUCGGGGUGGUGGAGAGAGACGGAGAGCGCUUCCUGCAGCUGACAGAUCUGCUGGGGAGCUUUGACGGGCCCAGCGUGAUGGACUGCAAGAUGGGCGUGAGGACAUACCUCGAAGAGGAGCUGGUUCGUGCCAGGGAGAGGCCAAAGCUGCGGAAGGACAUGUACGACAAAAUGCUGGAGGUGGACAGCCAAGCCCCCACCCCGGAGGAACACCAGCUGCGUGCUGUCACUAAGCCACGCUACAUGCAGUGGAGGGAAACCCUGAGCUCCACCCACACUCUGGGGUUCCGCAUUGAGGGCGUAAAGAGACCAGAUGGGACAUGCAGCACAGACUUCAAGAAAACCCGCUCGAAGGAGGAGGUCAUCCAGGUUUUCACUGACUUUGUGGCGGGGAACAGAAACAUUAUUAAAAUCUAUCUUAAGAAGCUGGAGGAGAUACGCAAGACGCUGGAGGCUUCAGAAUUCUUCAAGAAACAUGAGGUUAUUGGGAGUUCACUCCUCUUCAUCCAUGACCAAACUGAGAAGGCUGAGAUGUGGCUGAUCGACUUUGGCAAGACCACCGCCCUUCCUGAGGGACAGACCCUGAACCACCUGGUGCCCUGGCAGGAGGGAAACCGUGAGGAUGGCUACCUCUGGGGGCUGGACAACCUGCUUCAGCUGCUGAGUUCUUUGGCUAAGGAGUGAACAUUAACCCAGUCUCCUGGGUAACUCUUCAUUGAUAGUCUUUAUUAAAGACAGUCCUAGUUUCCUUAGCUGACUGAGUUAGCAGGGGCAUUCAAGGACAAACAAGGCCUUUACCUGAGUAACAGCCCACACAGGCAAGGUCUUUGUGGGUGCUGACUGUUACGGUGACAAUAGUGCAACUGCCGCAUAAAAAAACCUGCUUUCAAUAUUCCUCUCUCAAAGUUGGUCUGCUGCAACCUAAAGAUACAUAUGUUAUGACACAUACAUGGUCAUCUGCCACUGGCAUU